AUGCGCUCCUCACUACGGUCUACGGUACUGUCCGCCGCCGCUGUUGCUUCGACUGCUUCAGCGGCACCCGAGCGUCCCCUUCGCCCUCGGGAUAGCAGCAGCGCCUGCUCAGAUCUUGCCACCAGCAUCCCCACCAUCCUCUCUAACAUCACGAUCUACGCCGCCGAAGACGUCACCGCCAACCAAACCUUCACCGCGCUCGGCAACAACCUCACCGCCACGACCGACUACUGCCGCUUCGGCGCGAACGUCACCACGUCCGAUGUUUCUAUGUUCACCUUCGAGCUGUACAUGCCCCACGAGUGGGAUGGCAGGUUCUUGAUGAAUGGGAAUGGAGGUGAUGCGGGGAGUGUGCAGGUUAGCGAUAUGAAUACGCUUGUGGGGGCGUAUGGGAUUGCGACUGCGUCGACGGAUACGGGCCAUAACUCGACGGCUGCUGAUGAUGGGUCGUUUGCGAGGGAUAAUUAUGAGUCUGCUAUUGACUUCGCUUACCGCUCUGUCCAUCUCACGACGGUAUACUCCAAGUCGAUCAUCGCGGAGUACUACAACCAGUCUGUCUCGUACAGCUACUUCAGCUCGUGCUCGGGUGGAGGACGCAUGGCGUGGAAGGGUGUGCAGAUGUACCCCGAAGACUGGGAUGGUGUUAUUGCCGGUGACCCUGCUAUGUGGACGCCGCGUCUGGACGGCCAUCAGUACUGGCGCAACAUGUUCGUCAACUACUAUGGUGCACCCGGCUACGUCUCCGCCACCCAAUUUUCCCUCAUCAACCAAGAAGUCUUCCGCCAAUGCGACGCCGACGACGGUCUUGUCGACUACAUUAUCACCGAGCCAUCACGCUGCCACCCAGACUACUCGACGUUCUCGUGCUCCAACACCACCUCGCCGUUCUUCAACUCCAGCACCUGUUUGAGCGACGAGCAGAUGCAGACGUUCAUCACCUUGUACUCGGACUGGCACUUUUCGGACAACGGAGAGUUGGCGUUCCCCGCGUAUCUUCCGGGUACUGAGGCGCAGAUGGGACAAUCGGCUGGUGGAAGUCCGAGUGGGAAUACCGGUGGAUACUUUGACUACCAGGUCCUGAACUACACCGACUAUAUCGAGCCCGCGUUCAGCGGCAGCGCGCCUAUCCAGAUCAACGGCACCAAUGUCACGCUCGCACAGCUUGAAGCCAUCGUCCGUCUUGCCGACGAGAUCAACCCGGCGUCUAAUACGGCCAUGGACCCCGAUAUCUCCGGCUUCUUGAACCGCAGCGGCAAAGUCAUCCACUACCACGGUGCUGCAGACGGCAACAUCCCUACUGGAAGCUCGCUCGUGUACCGCGAUCGUAUGCUGUCGAAGAUGGGCGAUGCCGCCACGGACGGAUACCGCUACUACCAGGUCGACGGUAUGCAUCACUGCAGCGGCGGCGUCGGCCCGGUGAACUUCGGCCAGUCCGAUGGCAACUCAUUGUACCCGAUGGACUCCAAGUACGACGUCCUCGGCGCCGUCGUUGCCUGGGUGGAGAAUGGCACCGCACCAGACUAUCUAAUCGGCGCCAUGUACGAAACCGACGACUACCUCAACACCGCGCUCGGCACGUCAGUAGGAUACGCAUUCGCAGCGGGCGGAGGCGACUCUUCGUCGACGCAAACGGUCAACUUUACGCGUAAGAUCUGUCCGUACCCGCUCGUGGCAAGGUUUACGGGUGGGGACUGGAGCACGUAUGAGAGUUUCGUGUGUAAUUGA